AUGAACGGGUUAAGUUUCAGUGAACUCUGUUGCCUGUUUUGUUGUCCACCAUGUCCGGGGAAAAUCGCGGCUAAGCUAGCUUUUCUGCCACCAGAACCUACGUAUACAUUUACACCUGAUGAAACAGCAGCAAAAUUCUCUUUGACGUUAACCGAUCGUGCAGAGUGGCAAUAUUCAGACAGAGAAAAAGAGAAUAUUGAAGGGUUUUACUCGAGAACCACGAGAGGAAACAGAAUAGCUUGCCUCUUUGUUCGAUGUAGUCCCAACGCCCGUUUUACUAUAUUAUUUUCACAUGGAAACGCUGUUGAUCUUGGUCAAAUGAGCAGUUUUUACCUAGGACUAGGCACUAGAAUAAACUGUAAUAUAUUCAGUUAUGAUUAUUCUGGUUAUGGUGUGAGUGGUGGCAAACCUUCAGAAAAAAAUUUAUAUGCGGAUAUUGAUGCUGCGUGGCAAGCGCUACGAACGCGAUAUGGUAUCAGCCCAGAAAACAUUAUAUUAUAUGGUCAAAGCAUUGGGACUGUACCUACUGUUGAUUUGGCAGCCCGCUAUGAGGUAGGGGCUGUGGUGCUUCAUUCUCCUCUCAUGUCUGGUAUGCGAGUGGCAUUCCCCAACACUAAGAGAACAUGGUUUUUUGAUGCCUUUCCUAGUAUCGAUAAAAUUCCCAAGGUGACCUCUCCGGUUCUAGUUAUACAUGGAACUGAAGAUGAGGUGAUAGAUUUCUCUCAUGGAUUAGCUAUAUACGAGCGCUGUCCGCGUGCUGUAGAGCCGUUAUGGGUUGAGGGUGCAGGGCACAACGAUACUAAUCAAGGUGACGACCAAAAUCCUGCAUCAACAUUGAGCUCCGACAAUAACGAAGUAGCAUCCACCGACCAAAAAGGCUCCAUUACGCAUAACAUCAGUAUAAACGUGACCGACACUGAUUCGCCGACUUGUGUGCGAAGACGGAUACAUUUGCGGUCUCUUAGUGAUGUCACGCCGGCCAGCCUCACGCACACUCCGCGCGCUCGUUCGCAGUCGGAGCGUCCGAGAGCCUCGCCCUCGCCCUCGCGAGCAGCGCUUCGUUCACCUGCGAAGGCACCCACACUUUCGCCGCUGUUUGUGAGUACGCCAGGUGCGCCGCGCUUCGUGCGUAGCGAGCGCUCGUCUCCUGACGCUUCGAUGGUCGCGCUUGACGACACGUUUGCCAGCUCGGACGUGGGUAUCGCUCGACGCUUUGGUGGUCGCGACCGUUCCAGUAGCGACGCCUUCUCAGUGCUAGGCAAUCCGUGGCAAAAGAUGAGCGAAGUCGAUUUGAACACGGCCGCCGGCCGCGGUAGGACCGGUGGCCGUGGGGGUCUCGAUCCCUGGGUGAGAAACUCGACGAUGCGCUCUGCCACGUCCUGUGAGCGGCCGGCGUCACGAGACGAUGCAAAUCGUACGAAUUCUGACAGUGAACAAAAGCGGGAAGUUCCCACCUUUAAGCGGGGCAAGCUGGAAAGAAAGUCGCCAGUGGCGUGCGAGUCGUGCGGCAACGAGAGCUGCGAAUGCUGGCGUGCACAGUGGGCGCGGCAGGCGCGGGCUGCGCGGUCGCUAGGAGCGCAGUGCACGUGUGACGCGCGCUCGCCGCGCCGAUCGCCCGCACGUCUUCGUCCCCGAGUGGCUUCACGUGCGCUGUCCGACGAUGAGGAACGACCUCGGCGCUUGUACAAGUCUGCUUCCCAAAAAACGAUAGGUAUCUCUAUCGACGGUGACCGAGUAAAGAAAGGGGACCCUCUGUUGGAGACCACUUGUUAA